AAGCGGGACGUCAGGCCUGCGAGUGGUGGUUUGCCUGUUGAGCUCGGCGAAAGAACGAUUUUAAAAUGGGCAAUGUUGAGAAGGGCAAGAAGAUUUUUGUUCAGAAGUGUGCCCAGUGCCACACUGUAGAAAAGGGAGGCAAGCACAAGACUGGUCCAAACCUCCAUGGUCUCUUUGGGCGGAAGACAGGUCAGGCUCCUGGAUUCACUUACACAGAUGCCAACAAGAACAAAGGCAUCACCUGGGGAGAGGAGACACUGAUGGCGUACCUGGAGAAUCCCAAGAAGUACAUCCCUGGAACAAAAAUGAUCUUCGCUGGCAUUUAGAAGGGAGAAAGGGAAGACUUGAUAGCUUAUCUCAAAAAAGCUACUAAUGAGUAAAAGUUGGCCACUGCCUUAUUUAUUACAAGACCAAAAUGUCUCAUGACUUUUACAUGUGUACCAUAUUUGAAUUGAUCUCAUACUCUAGAAUUCAGAUCAUGUAUGGCUGAUGGAAUGUUUCUGUUGGAUGGUCCUGAUUGAAAUAAGAUUGGUUGGUAGCUAAAUGAAUAUGGUCAGCUGUUUGAAUUUUACUAUUAAUUCUAGUUCAACAAGUACUAUCACUGUCUUUCCCUUCUACAGAGAUGGUUAAACUUGAAUGUGGAGUGUUAAACUUUUCAGGAAAAUGGUGAAUACCUUCUCAGAACCUAUAGGAGAUUGGUUUUAUAUUUAGAUUUCUAUAACUGGUUAUAUUAAUAUAUUUAAAUAC